AUGCUGCAGAGGUCCAUUUCCCAGAUUCUCAGUCGCAGGCCUUGGGAGCCUGAUAAGUGCAUUCACUGGGCUAUCACAACCUUUCUUCUUCACUCCACUCCAAUCCACUUCUCCCGCACCAAGCGCUCCGACUUCUUCGCCUCUGCAAAGUUUUCCUCUAUUGUUAUCACCACAUUCCUCCACGACAUCAUUACCACCAUUCUUAGUUUUACAUACUUAUCCUCCUUGCGGAACGAGAAAAGGAAAGAGGGGCACCUGCUCAGAAAUCAUCUGCUGGGCGGGUGCCCCUUUCAGCACCAUACAACACUUCGCCGCCGUGGUGGUGAAUCCACCACCCACCGCCGUGAGUCCAUCCCAUUCGCCGUCUUCCUCGCCCUUCUUUCGCUGCUUCUUGCUGACUUUUCCUCUGUCGCAGCCCAGGGUGGGGCAAAUCCCUUCCUCGCCACAGCUGGCCCCGGCCCUGCCGCCUCACUUCAUGGGGCUGGGGCCAGCAACAGCAGAUCCUCAAUUCCACUUUCGCAGCACGGUGUGAGGGAACAUACUGGCUGGCAGGGGAACAUGGUGGAUAACCUUGACCGCGCUCUGGCUCGCCUCGCGAAUCUUGCCCGUGACGACCACGAGCAGAAUCGCAGCAUGUCAGUUGAAGAGCACUACACACGCCGCCUCGACAGGGCGAUUGAGCGUCAACGUACGCACUACACGUACCUUCAACGUGCCAAGUCCACCAUCACGACUCUUCUGAUUCACCGCCCAAAGCUCCGUUCGCUGCUGGAGGCCAUCGCCUCGGAAGUCCUUCACAACAACAAGGAAGUUGUCGAAAUCGUCGCUGAGUUGCUGGCUGAGAUGGGGAAGGAGUUGCCACUUCGCUCACAUAAUCACUGA